AUGUUUACGCCCAAUCCUGCCGGGGGCUCGGACAAGACCCAGUUUCUGGAACAAGCCAGAGCAGCUCGGGACGAGCGGGAACGCGGCCGAAGGAAAGAGGAUGCGAUCACAACGAUCUCAGCGGCGAUCCGAGGUUUCCUCGCACGGAGACGACUGCGGAGAAUCGUCUACGCCGAAGUGGACGCGUUCCUAGCCGGGGCUGAGCCGGCUACCGCUGUGGACCUGUUCAAUAACACCCGGAAACUCUUGUUCUUCUAUGGUGGGAAGGAGCCGAACGCGAAGGAACAGCUUCGCACGAAUAAUCGGUUCCGAGAAAUUUCCGCGAGGAUUCUGAAGUCAUUGGAAGGGUCCAGCCCCGACCAGAAUUACGUCGAGGCUCUGAGCGACAAGAAGAUUUCCCCUUUAUGGAUAGCCAUAACGAAGAAGUACAUCGUCAGUGUCUCAGAGAGCCUCAGGAAACUCGAACCAAACAUCAGCCACGACCUGAACGCCAUAUCACUGUACCUCCACGUACUGGUGACAUUCUUCAACGUCAACUCGUGGAAGCUGAGACCUCACCAGGAGCAUCUGCGACCAACCCUGAAUGCGCUUUCUUUGAAACUUCUAACCCAUGCCGUCGCAAAUGACUUCCUCGCAAACCUCCAACGUCUCCUCCUGAACUCGGUGGUGAAACAACGUCCCCUUCUUGGGCGGGCAUCGUUGAUCGCAGUCGCAACAUUGGCAUUGCGUCCUCUAGCUCUGAAUUUCAGCGAAGAAUACCUCUUGCUCUUCGUGGUGCAUUUUCUAUCUGUACCGGCAAUCGUCCACCAGAUGAGAGCGAUCGCUCCCUUCAGCCUUACAUGCCUCCAACAGCAGAACAUUCUCCCGUUGACCAUAACAACAUUGGCGGAAGAACAUAAGAUGAGAAGCGUAUCCGACUCCCUGGAUGCCCUGCACGCUCUUUGCCUCCUGGCGAAUCUUGUGGAUCUAUCGCACCAGAUGGCUCUUGAAGAUCCGAGCCAGCUCGAAGCGUUGUCGAAAGACUUGAUUUCACUGAGCACCCGAAUCCUGGAGAAUUGUCUGCAAUACGUGGGCAAGAAACAAUCAGCAAUGAGUCACUAUCAUCCCCUCUUAGGGUGGUUUUCUCAGAAAGUGGAUGCCAGCCAACAGGAGGUGAUCACGCAUAUCAAGAGUCAGUUGCAGCUUCUAUGGAGUCCAACACUCUCGAUGAUUCUGUUCAGACCAUUGUUCAUACUCCAGCUCAAGGAGCCUGAAAGUCCUCCGCCAAUAGACACAGCUGCGGUCGCCAUCGUCGAGGUUAUUGGUAUGUUGCGCAGAGGAAGCACUACGCGAUCAACCCCUCCUACAAUGAAGAUCAACUGUCCCGAGGUUCGACAGGUCGCGCUCUCUUGUCAUCUGUAUGAGACCGCGAUCGCUUGCCUGACGGAAUUGCGGCAUGACAUUCUCACGGGACUGUCCUUCCAAUCGAACGAGCUCCUGACCAAACUUUGGAGACUGAUUGGCGCUCUCGGAGGGAGCGCGCCGUCUCACCGUGCGAAAGUUUUUCUCGAACUUCUGCAACAGAACGUCAAAGCGAACGCAAUGGAGUUCCAAAUUCUCAAACUGCUCUGCAAUUGCGCCUCGCAUCUCCUCGUCCUUCUCGACGACGACGAGCUCUAUAUUCAACAGAAAACGUUCUCCCUCAAGGAUCUCUGUGUUAUGUCGGCGUUCUUGAACAUACUACUUUUCAAGAUCAUCUCGAACCAACUGCUCGACCUCAAGUCCAUAUCGUGCUGUCCGCUGUUCGCUUGUUGCCAUUCGCUGCUGAUGCUGCUGUAUCGGCGAGACUCCAGGCGAUCCUUCACUCCCGAGGACCAUUGGUUGGUGAAAACCAAGUUCACCACACUUGUUUCGGAUUUCGAAAACGGCAAACUGUGGGCCCAACUUAUCCUGCACAAAUUGCCGCACGUUUUACCACAUAGGGAACGCGUCCAGCUGUUCCGUCGUCGAGUCAAGCAGGACAUGGUUCCCGGCGGCACGGAAUCCACUCACAUCACGGUGCAUCGGAGCAGAAUCGUUGAAGAUGGCUUCCAGCAAUUGAACGCUCUGACUCCUCAGGAGCUCAAGGGCGUGAUCCGCGUACGCUUCGUCAAUUAUCAAGGUCUCGACGAAGCCGGUAUUGAUCAAGACGGUGUCUUCAAAGAAUUCCUCGAAGAAACCAUUCUGAGAGUCUUCAAUCCCGCCUUGAAUCUCUUCAAAAUGACCAACAAGCAAACGCUAUAUCCCUCGCCGACGUCGUACUUCAACGAGAACCAUUUAGAACUCUUUGAAUUCGUCGGCAAAAUGUUGGGGAAAGCUGUUCAUGAGAGAAUCGUUGUCGAUGUGAAGUUCGCGACAUUUUUCCUUAGUCAGAUUCUAGGUCACCAUCGAAACUUCCAGUAUUACUCCUACAUCGAUGAGCUACCGUCGCUCGACGAGGAAAUCUACAAUGCUCUCACUACAGUCAAGAAUUAUCCUGGUGAUGUGCAGGACCUAUGUCUGUUUUUCUGUGUAGACGAUGAUUCACUAGGCAAAAUUGUCACUCAUGAACUGGUUCCCGGAGGGAAAACUAUGGCUGUGACUAAUGAAAAUAAGAUGAGGUAUAUACAUUUGAGCGCUCAGUAUAGAAUGCAGACGCAGAUCUCCGAACAGACCAAGGCUUUCAUCCGCGGCUUCAGGGCUCUCGUGAAGAAGGAAUGGAUCGCGAUGUUUUCCGCUCCGGAGCUGCAGAGACUCAUAUCGGGCGACAACACCGGUAUCGAUCUCGACGAUCUCCGCCUGAAUACGAAAUACUUCGGGGGCUUCCACAGCGCCCAUCGCGUCAUCUGUUGGUUAUGGGAAAUCCUCUGGGACGACUUCACUCCGGAGGAGCACCGAUUAUUUUUGAAGUUUGUCACGUCUUGCUCGAGUCCCCCUCUUCUGGGUUUUGCAAAUCUGGAGCCUCCAUUUUCAAUUCGUUGUGUUGAAGUGGCUGACGACCAAGACCGUGGAGACACCGUUGCGUCUUUCGCGCGAGCUUUCUUCAGAGUACGCAAACGAGACCCUGUUGAUCGACUCCCAACUUCAUCGACAUGUUUCAACCUCCUCAAACUCCCUAACUAUCAGAAGAAGGAAACUUUGAAGGAGAAACUACGAUACGCUAUAAACAGCAACCCCGGUUUCGAGCUUUCGUGAAAGGAAAAUCUCCCUACCAAAGGUGUUCAGAGGCAGAAUUUCCCUCCUCCUGAAAUUCAUUCCAUGAACCAUGAAUACAUGAACAAGGGGAAAAUCACGUAUAUAGUCUAUAUAACUCUGAAUCGGUUCACAUGAGCUGCUCCGGAGCUUAAUCAAAAGGAGAAACCAAAAAUAUACAGGACAUGCACGACCUGAUUGUUGCAAAUAAAUG